AUGCGUGGUCGUUUCAACGAGCGUCGCGAUGUGCGCGACAUGCGCUCGAAGAAUCGCUUCAUCCGACUCGGCGGUGCCCAUGAUCCCGAUAUUUUACCCACCCGUCUCGACGACGAUGAUCAAGAACCUUCAUUUCAAGUCCGCGUGAAUCGUCAAUCCGUGAACACGAUCAAUCGACAAUUGGGGGCUGGUGGCUCUGGAAUGCAAAGAAUGACUGGCGGAGGACAGAACAAGUUCACGACACAAAACAGAAAAGUCGAUCACCGCUCUCGUAUUCAACAGCAAGCGAUCGCGGCCGACGGUGGCGUACGCAAGGAUGUGGUUAUGGUCUUUCAAAUCAAGGUGAAACAUGGCGGCACUUAUGGUCUAAGUUGGAUUGUAAAGCAAUUGGGAUCACGGGUCGAAGAUUUCAAACCGAUCCUACCCGAGGUGGAUCAACAGAACAAUGCGUCGUUUUACGUGAAAGACGCGGAACAAGCCGAAUCAAUCAUGAUGUUGAGCAAUCGAAUACGACACAAAGAAACGAACACUGCGCUGAGGAUGUGGAAAAAUGAAGUAGUCGCCCCAUGGCGUCGUCUUUCCGCGGCCGACGUUGAAUUGCUGAACGCGGUGAUCGACUCGCGAUACAACGGGGAAGCACGAGCACUUGAUCUCGCUGAAUUCUCAGCUGAUAAACGACUCACCGGCUUUAUGUUCCGUCUGACAAGCAAUAACGUGAUGCUGCACGUGUUGGACCGAAUCGAUGAAUGCUAUGGACAUUUGACGGCAUUAAGCUUGAAGUCGAACAAAUUGGAUUCACUGGAUUGCACGUCGAUGCUAUUGUGGGCGACCAAAUUCGUCAAAGUCCUUGAUUUGUCAAGCAAUGAGAUUCGCAAAAUGGACCAAGUCGCCAAACUGAAGGGGCUACCCGUCGAGAUGGUUUUCUUAGAGGGAAAUCCUCUGUGCGACGAAUUCACCCGAAGCUCUGACUAUCUCAGCGCCGUGCACAAUAUUUUCCCGAGAGUCAACAUGCUAGAUGGAAACGCCGUGACGCCAAUACUGACUGGAGUGGACCCGCUGGAUGUCGGAAUUGAGCCAUUGUAUCGGCCUUCCUACUUUGGAGAUCAACCACAAGUCAAGGAGUUGAUCGAGGGAUUCUUGCUACGCUUUUAUGAGAUCUACGAUGGUGACAAUCCGUUGAUGGAUCGCAAGAAAUUAGCUGACGCCUAUCAUGAUGAAGAGUCGAUGUUCACUUUGACGCUUCAAAACUUCUCGAAUGCGAGUGGAAAGUCGUGGAAAUAUCACCCUGAGGAAUGCUUUCAUGCCUACAUUCGUCAGUCGCACAACUUGAAACAAUUGGACAAAUGGGAUACGAGACGAGCUGAGAGAGUGCAUGUGGGAGCCAUGUCAAUUGUUGUCGCUCUUGCCAAACUGCCAAAGACGUCACAUCUCAAAGACUCCUUCACACUUGACGUCUCGCUUGUUACGAGCACAUUGAUGGCCUUUUCGUUGUCGGGUCUCUUCGAGGAUGGACCGGGUGUUCGAUCGGGCGAUGUGCCGGAACUCAAAUACUUCAAUCGUCAAUUCGUCGUUGCUCCAAGAGAUGCGAGCUCCUUGGUGAUCAUCUCUGACAUGCUCUUCAUCUCGUCGCUUCACCCGCCACGUUUGGAGAAAUUCAAGAAGCUCCAGGAGAAAGCUGCCAAGAAUGCUUUGGCGCCAAGCACAUCCCAGACAAUGCCUAUCGUGUCAGCGGUCGUGGAUGUGAAUUUGACUCAACCGCCGCCACCAAUUGCGCAAAUGCCAAUUAAUGGAGAGCCGGAUAAUGAGACGAAGCUCGAGAUGAUCAAGCAAUUCUCGCAGCAAUCCGGAAUGAAGCCCGACUGGAGUGAGAAGUGUCUGCAGGACUCGAAUUGGAACUUUGAGCAGGCCGGCCAGAAUUUCCUCGUCGCCCGUGCAACCAUCCCGGCCGAUGCUUUCGUA